UAACUACGUAUACUAAGACGGAGGGGAACCACUUAAUCAAUUGAACGUAUCGAGAAUCGAAUGGAAAACCUCUGACCCUAUCCAUUGUCAAGUAGCAUUUGUAAAUCGGAGUAAACAAUAGACAAGAAGAAAUUAUGGUGGUAAGUGAGUCAAGAUCAGAAUUAUUACAAUGGUUAAAUUCGACUUUAGAACUAAACUAUACUAAAGUUGAGCAAUGUGGGACAGGAGCAGCCUUUUGUCAAUUAUUGGAUUCUAUAGUAGGAGGAAUUCCAAUGUUGAAAGUGAAGUUUGAUAAUGCUAAUGGUGAAUAUGAUUAUAGACAAAAUUGGAAAGUAUUACAAGCUGGAUUCAAUAAGCAUAGAAUUACAAAAAAUAUUGAUGUUGAAAAAUUAGUAAAAUGUCGACUUCAAGAUAAUUUGGAAUUAUUACAAUGGUUUAGAAAGUUCUGGUUGGAAAAUAAACGAGUUAAUGAUAAUAGUUAUGAUCCUAAAUCAAGAAGAAAGGUUAGUGGAAAUUCAGAUACCUUACGAGUUAAUAGUGGAUCAGCGAUAAGCACCAAUAAUAAUAGUGCCGGAUCAAGGGUUAAUUCUUCGUCAUCUGUUUCUUCUUCUUCUUCUUCAUCAACAGGUUUGACUCAUCGUAAAUCCCUACCAACUUCCAAUAAUAAUUCUAGUUCUACUAUAAAUAAUCCAAAGAAUACAAGACGUGUUUCCAAUACAAAUACUAGGCCAUUAACUCCUUCAAAUACCAUCAAUCAGGUCCAACCAGUAACAUCAACUUCUUCUUUUAAGGUUAAUCAAUUGAAUAAAGAAUUGAAUGAAUCCAUUCAAGAAAUUAAUCAUCUUAAUGAAGAAUUAAAUCAGUAUAAACUUCUGUCGGAAAGUUUAGAGACAGAACGAAAUUUUUAUUUUAAUAAAUUACGGGAAAUCGAAAUUUUAAUUCAAAAUAUUUUAGAUGGUCAUGAAAAUAAUGAUGAAAGUUUAGCUUCAUUAACAGUUCCAGCAUUAGGUCAACAAAUUCAAUCGAUUCUAUAUAUGACAGAACCGGGAUUUCAAGUAUCUCAAGAUAAUGAGAGUCAACCUAAUCACAUUAAUGAUGAGAAUAUUCAUCGUGUGACUAUGGGUAUUGAUGAUUCUGUCAUACAUCAUGAUGUAGAUAUCCUAGACGCAGAAUCUUUCUAACUCAAUUGUUAAUUCCUAUAUAGUUCGGUACAUAAUGCAUAGUUUAAUAAAUCUUUGGUUCUUUCAGUCGUUUUUUUGCAGCAACAAACUACAAUCCAAUCACACCAGAAUUAGAAAAAAUUCUUCAUUAUAGAAUAAAUCCAUCGAUCGUUGUCUAACGGGACUCAUAAAUAGUGUACUAUGUAAAACUAUUACACAAGUAUAUUUU